CAUGCAUACACAGUAUGUACACACGGCCAAGGUUUAACAGAGAGUACCACGUUAGGUUUGGUUAAAAUGUGACAGGACACCGGUGUCCAUCAUAUUUCUGGCUCCAGCAGGUCUGCAGCACUGAAGCAGAAGAUCUCCACAGGAACAGACGACCAGCACAGACCAGGUCGUUAUUCAGCAAUGAGGGACGUGAGCCUCAGUUCAGAUUCAUCACUGGUGUAUCAGCCAGACUUGGAGCAGAAUGAAGCCAAACACAAGGACGAGUACAGAAACUUUGAGAGUGGGAGUCUCAUUGACCGUGUGUUCAAUACAUACAAACUGAUGCACACAAACCAGACCAUGGAAUUUGUGAAACAAAAGCACUCUGAUUGGCUCAACUGUAACCACACAGAGAUGGGGAUGAUGGAGGCCAUCAUGUCUUUAGAUCAGCUGGUGGAUGAGUCUGAUCCUGAUGUGGACUUCCCAAACUCCUUCCAUGCCUUUCAGACCGCUGAGGGGAUCCGCAAAGAGCAUCCAAACAAAGACUGGUUCCAUUUGGUGGGUCUGAUUCACGAUGUGGGGAAAGUCAUGGCUCUGUGGAAGGAACCACAAUGGGCUGUGGUGGGCGACACGUUUCCUGUAGGCUGCAAGUUUCAAAAGUCCAUCGUGUUCAGAGACGACUCCUUCCAGGAUAAUCCAGAUGAGAAAAAUCCUGACUACAAUACUGAAUGUGGGAUCUAUAAAGAAAAGUGCGGGCUGGAAAAUGUCUUCAUGUCCUGGGGCCACGAUGAGUAUCUCUACAGAGUUCUGAACUUCAACAAAUGCCCCAUCCCAGAGGAGGGGCUAUAUAUGAUCCGCUUCCACUCGUUCUACCCGUGGCACACUGGCGGAGAUUACAUGCACCUGUGCAAUGACAAAGACCUGAGCAUGCUGCCCUGGGUCCAAGAGUUCAACAAAUUUGACCUCUACACAAAGGUCAGCGAUUUGCCCGACGUGGAAAAGCUGAAGCCGUACUACCAGUCUCUGAUAGACAAAUACUGUCCUGGAAUACUCAAGUGGUGAAACACAAAUGGAGACACCGGAGUAUUUAAUAAAAAAA